AUGGCAGAAAUCGAAAAGACCGGCGGGCCGGUGCACGCCGAGUUCACUGACCUGCCACCCCACCAUGGCAUGUCUACGAGCCAGUACAUCGCCACCCGCUUCACGACGCUCGCGCCCGCCAAGGGCUCGGCGCCGAACCCUCUGCGCAUUCUCUUCUCGCUCAACCGCCACCAGUGGGCAUUUUUCGCCAUCGCCUUCUUCGCCUGGUCCUGGGACGCCUUUGACUUCUUCACCGUGUCGCUCACCGUCGGGGACCUCGCCAAGGACUUUAACAAGACCAACACCCAGAUCACCUGGGGCAUCACGCUCGUGCUGAUGUUCCGGUCGGUCGGCUCCAUCUUGUUUGGUAUCGCUGCCGAUCGCUACGGCCGCAAGUGGCCCUUUGUCAUCAACAACGUGCUCUUCAUUGCGCUCGAGCUCGGCACGGGCUUCUGCCAGACCUACCCGCAGUUCCUGGCGUGCCGGGCGCUCUUUGGUGUCGCCAUGGGCGGCCUGUACGGCAACGCCGCCGCCACGGCGCUGGAGGAUCUGCCCGAGGAGGCGCGCGGUAUCAUGAGCGGCAUCUUGCAGCAGGGCUAUGCCUUCGGCUACCUUCUGGCCACCGCCUUUGCCCGCGGCCUCGUCGACACCACCUCCCACGGUUGGCGCCCGCUGUUCUGGUUUGGUGCCUGCCCCCCCGUGCUCAUCAUCGCCUUCCGCCUCAUGCUCCCCGAGACCAACACGUACCAGCAGCACGACGCGGUACGCCGGGCCGCCCGCGUCCACGGCGACACCGCCCCGCCCAGCGCCACCAAGACCUUUUUGCGCGAGGGCAAGGUGGCGCUGCGCCGCCACUGGAAGCUUCUGACGUACCUGGUCCUGCUCAUGGCUGGCUUCAACUUCAUGUCCCACGGCUCCCAGGACCUGUACCCGACCCUGCUCUCCAACCAGUUCAAGUUUUCCGCCAACGCCGUCACCGUCACGCAGGUCGUGGCCAACCUGGGCGCCAUGCUCGGCGGUACCGUGGUUGGCUACGCCUCGCAGAUCUAUGGUCGCCGCAUCAGCAUCAUGGUCAUGUGCGUCAUUGGUGGUGCCCUCCUGUACCCGUAUACGUUCGUCACCAACAAGGGUGUCAUCGCCGCCGCUUUCUUCGAGCAGUUCUGCGUCCAGGGCGCUUGGGGUGUCAUUCCGAUUCACCUGAUGGAACUCAGUCCGGGUGCUUUCCGUACCUUUGUCGUCGGCACGGCCUACCAGCUUGGUAACCUGGUGUCGUCGGCGUCGUCGACCAUCGAGAGCACGAUCGGUGAGCGCUUCCCGUUGCUGCCCCUGGAGAACGGCACCAAGCGCUACGAGUAUGGCAAGGUGAUUUGCAUCUUCAUGGGCUGCGUGUAUGCCUAUGUCAUGAUCCUGACGUUCCUCGGCCCCGAGCAUCUGAACCGCAACUUUGAUGUCGCCCACGACGCUGAUCUGCGCGCCGUUGCUGGCGAUGAGACCAUCGUUGACGCUCUGCAGCACCGCGAGCGCAAGGGCCUCGGCAACGAGGGCCUGGAGGGUGGUGCCGCCGUGCACCCGGAUGGGGAGCGUGACAAGGCCACCACAAGUUAUGUUUGA